UCAUUCUUCUGUCAAAAAAAUAAAAAAUUUCAGGAGACAAAUAAAAAUUACAUCGAACCAAAUCGAAUCGUUUUCUGUGGAAUUUUAUAAAUACACAUUUCGGUUGUUUUCUUCUCUUCUUCUCGAAAGAAUUUGUUUAUAAUUUUUAGACGAAACAAUGCCAAUGCCAAGUGGAGUGUACGGUCAUCAAGGCCCAUCAUGUUUUGAUAAGAUGAAGACAGGAUUCACAAUUGGAUUCUGUGUUGGCAUGGCCAGUGGAGCACUGUUUGGGGGCUUUUCUGCAUUGAGAUAUGGUCUCCGUGGACGGGAACUUAUAAACAAUGUGGGCAAAGUAAUGAUUCAAGGUGGAGGUACUUUUGGUACAUUCAUGGCAAUUGGCACGGGACUUCGUUGUUAGCAAGGGCAUUGUUUGGGAGACACUUAAAAUUAGAUGAUGUUUGUGGAUGGAAAGCAAUACUGUGUACCUUCUGUCUAGUGCGGCUUUUUUGGACUUUAAAACUUUCUCCCACUUACUUAUAUUGUUUAGGAUUUUUUAUUUGAAGCUAAUAAAACGUUAAGUAGGAGUAGACAAA